UGAAAGACGCGACGCGCUAGUUUGCAUCAUCGCACGCGCGCAGCUCAGGUUUCACUGGAUGAGCCGUGGCUCCUCGCGCAGGCUCACGGUAACGAGAAUGGCGACUGGAAAAAUCACUCACCUUUCCCGUUUCCUCUGAAUUUCACCGCUGAAAACGCGCUGCUCGGGGAAACAUGCGUAUUUAUAUCCUGCGAAUAAUAUUAGUCUGUUGGUGGUGAAGCGCGCGCGUCACGGUAGCUUUAAUAAUAAAGGAUUGAAGAUGGCGGAGUUUUCUCCGGUGCUGCCUCCGCUGCGGGACGAUCGAGGAGUCGGACGGUACGGACAGCCGCUGUUCCCCAGAUCCCGGUCCGGUUCGGAGUCGGACAGUGAGUUGUCUCAGAGUUUGGCCCGCACAAAGACCCGCUCGUACGGCAGCACCGCGAGCGUCACUGCGCCGUUAGGAGAGAAAUACAUAGAACACCGGGUAACGGAUGGGGACACACUGCAGGGUAUAGCGCUCAAAUACGGUGUUACGAUGGAGCAAAUUAAACGAGUCAAUAAACUGUUCAGCAAUGAGUGCAUAUUCCUGCGAAACACACUUAAUAUUCCUGUUAAGUCAGAAAAACGCUCCCUCUUUAACGGACUGUCUCUGGAGUCGCCUGACAGCGAGGGAAGCACGCUGCAGGAGUCGCCAUGCGUGAGUCAGGACGUGGACGCUCCAUCCCCCCCACCAGAACCAGCCACCCCGGAGCCCAACACCCGACCCGUGCAGGCAGAAGAGCUGUCAGCUAAAGACUACUUACACCGGCUGGACUUACAAAUCAAACAGUCCAAACAAGCCGCCCGCAAACUGAAAGAGGAUGGUGGGAGGUAAAUGAACCUUUGACCUGCAUGAUCUUCUCUCUUAUUUUAAUAAUCCUACUGACCUCUUUAAUAAUAAUGAACAGAAGCUCUGUUCCAAACCCCAGAAAACUGCCAAAAAUGUAAGUUAAG